UGGCCGCGGCGCGCAGGCGCGCGAGAAGGCGCAGAAGCGAGUUUUGCUGGGGGAAUCUCUGGAGGGAGGUGACGGCUCCGCUGGGCGGGCGGUGGCGAUUCCACGUGCUCUCGCGGCCGGUUGAAACCUUUGGCGGGCGCUGGCUCAGAGGAUAAGACUUAAAACCUGUCUUGGAUAAAAAAAUAUUUAAUCAUUUAGCUAAAAAUGGUAUUUUUUACAUGCAAUGCAUGUGGUGAAUCAGUGAAGAAAAUACAAGUAGAAAAGCAUGUGGCUCUUUGCCGAAACUGUGAAUGUCUUUCCUGCAUUGACUGCGGUAAAGACUUCUGGGGUGACGACUAUAAAAACCAUGUGAAAUGCAUAAGCGAAAAUCAGAAGUAUGGUGGCAAAGGGUAUGAAGGUAAAACCCACAAAGGUGAUGUUAAACAGCAGGCAUGGAUUCAGAAAAUUAAUGAAUUAAUAAAAAGACCCAAUGUCGGCCCCAAAGUGAGGGAACUUUUAGGGCAAAUUAGUGGUUUUGACAACGUUCCCAGGAAAAGGGCGAAAUUUCAGAAUUGGAUGAAGAACAGUUUAAAAGUUCAUAAUGAAUCCAUCCUGGAGCAGGUGUGGAAUAUCUUUUCUGAAGCUUCCAGCAAUGAACCAGUCAGUAAGGGGCAAGAUCAGAAGCCGCUGGAGCAAACGGCCAAACCAUGUGCAGAGAACAACGCCAAGGUCGCGUCCUCCAAAGCAAAUGACAGCGUGGAAGAGCCAGCAGAGACGAAGAAGAAUAAGAGAGAAAGGAAGGAAGAACGGCAGAAGAAGAGAAAAAAGGAAAAGAAAGAACUAAAAUUAGAAAACCACCAAGAGAAUUCAAAGAGUCAGAAGCCUAAGAAGCGCAAAGCAGGACAGGAGGCCGAGCAGGAGGCUGCAGGGGAGGCCGUCUUCGAGGCCGCCAGCUCUGCAGGGAAGAAGAGCCAGAGGAGCAAGGCUGAGUGCACCCAGGACGGGGCGGUGGAUAGAGGCGCAGAGCGGGAAGGGGAGACAAAAACCAGUCUAGGGAAAAGAAAGCAGAAGCAUUCGGAAGUUGAAGCAGAUUCUAAGAAGAAAAAGAUUAAGCUCCUGGGACAUUCUGAGGACGGAGAACCGGAAAACCAUGAGGCUUCUGCAAAAGGUAAAUUCAACUGGAAGGGAACUAUUAAAGCUGUUCUGAAACAGGCCCCAGACAAUGAAAUAACAAUCAAAAAGCUAAGGAAAAAGGUUUUAGCUCAGUAUUAUGCAGUGACAAAUGAACAUCACAAAUCUGAAGAGGAACUCCUGGUCAUCUUUAACAAGAAAAUCAGCAAGAACCCCACCUUGAAGUUAUUAAAGGACAAGGUCAAGCUUUUAAAAUGAACAUUUUUAUAUUUAAAAAUUGAAUCCAUUCCGUUGAUCUUCUCCUUUCACAACUGUUUGUAAAACAUGUAAUGAUAACAACUCAAAUUUUGCUUUCCAAAGCUGUAUUUUUAAGUUAAGAAAAAAAUAUAUUUUUGGUAGAACUUACAUGAGAAAAUAAAAUAUAUUCUUGUCCCAAGUUCUAAAUUUGUGGUAGUGAAAAUAUUUUUAAAUGUGACAGGUCAAAAAAUAACUUGGGGGCUGCCCUGGUGGCGCAGUGGUUGAGUGUCCGCCUGCCGAUGCAGGGGACGCGGGUUCGUGCCCCGGUCCGGGAGGAUCCCACAUGCCGCGGGGCAGCUGGGCCCGUGAGCCAUGGCCGCUGGGCCUGCGCGUCCGGAGCCUGUGCUCCGCAGCGGGAGAGGCCACAACGGUGAGAGGCCCACGUACCGCAAAAAAACAAAACAAAACAAAAAUAAAUAACUUGGUCAGACUAGAAAGCAGUUGUUUUAACUACAUCACUUCUACACAUUUUCAAUUAGAGGGUUUUGUGGGUUAGUUUUUUGCGUGGUUUAAUGUACAUGUGAAUUGUAGUAUUUCAUCCAGGAACAGUCGAAACAGUCCUUUGUGUGUCAUAAUCCUUGCACAGCCAGAAGUUCUGCUCUUUAGAGGGGGUUUCUCUGUAACAGUUUGGCCCAUCCACUCUGGCCCAGUCCAUCUUCGGCCACAGAUGGCAGAUUUGUCGGUGACUAGAUUUUGGGGUGUGGCCUGUGACCAGGUAUAGGGAACCGGCUCGUUGGAAACUGAAUCCGUUAUUCGGUGCUCCAGUUGGAUUGACAUGCUUUCAGAACUGGUCCUCUAAAUCCUAGUUUAUUGUGCAGGAGGAGAGCCAGGCCACUCUUUGAUAUUUGAGUAGGUUUUGCCCACAAGUCCCUUCACAGCUGGUGUGUGUGGUAAGAAUCACCCCUUUAACCAGUGUUAACUAUCAUCACUAAUACCUCUCACUACAGGUGAAAGCAAGAAUGGGGCAUGGAACAAGUGUUAAAAGGAUUGGGGGGGCAUUAAUAGGAGCAGGGAGGCAACAGGGCAGAUGGAGAUACGCUGUGAGCCUCUGAGUCCCAGAUGAGCCGGCUUUCCUCCUGCACUGUGUUCUGUUCUGAUCUGGGGAUGUGCUGCUGUGUCAUGGCGGGAUUCAGUGGCACUGUGUUAGGAGCAAUGAGGACCCAGGCUUUAGAAUCAGGCCUGGAGUCAGGCCCUGGCUUGGUCCCUUCAUAGUUAACUGCUCUGAACCUCACUCUUUUCAUCUGGACAGUGGAACAGUAAAGGUCCCUCUUGGGUUGUGAGUGAAGGGAGUAAUUUGUGUAAAGCCACAACACCAUACCUAAGCCCAGAGACACCCAUUCAGUGGUUGCCAUCGCUACUGUUAGCAGGAACGGUUUCUGAGCCAGGAGAGGCUUUAGAUGUUUUGGAAGCAAAGGGGGGAAAAAGUGGGAAAGUGAAGCUUGACCCAGCACACACAGAGGGACAAAGUAAAGCCCUGAGUCCAGUCCAGGACGUCCCUGUCCGAGCACUCCAGGGAGCAGAAGCGAGCACCGCCGUCCUCCGGGGAUGGGGGUGGGGCUACAGCACUACUCCCUGGGGGCACUACAAGCACCACAGUAUUUCAGGAUUUGUGUUGAUUUUUAUUUUUCCGUCAGUUUUACUGUCAUGCGUUUAAGGCUGUUCCAGAAUGCUAGCAGAACAUUGGGCCGGAGGAGGUAACCCCUCAGCUCCCAGACGAAGCAAGGCCAGCAAAUGGUGAUUCUGAUGGUCAGUGUCAUGGGCAGGUCUCUUCGUUGGAAACUGCAGUUGGUGGCAGGAACGUCUCCCCAUGCCUGGCUGCAAAGCACAAUCUACAGCUCCUUCCCAAGGUCUUGGCACAGAGACCACCCUUUGGUUUUGGCGAUUGCCUGCCUGACUUGAACUCAAACACAGACGAUAUUGGAACUCUGGGGACUUCGGAACCAAUCUAAUGACAUUUGUUUUGGGCUUUACAGCUUCAUUUUGUCUAAGUUGAGUGUAAGAUUGGAUUCUACCGUGUUCCGCCUGUCCCUCUGCUGGUCUGAUGGGUCUGGCACUUGGGUUUCCCCAAACCUGCCAGGUAUGCAUUUUGACACACUUAAAAAAAAUUUUUUUUCGAUACCUUCCUUUCUGGCAUUCCUGGCAUUUGUCAACUGUAUGCACUGGCCAUUUUCUGUGAUGCUGUUUACAAAUAGGAUUUGGGAGAAGGUGGGCUGUAUUCUGCCCGCCAAAAGAUUAAGACGUGUUGCCGGCUGGGGUCCUCCUUUAUGUCAGAUACACAAGGCAUUUUGCAGUCUGAUGAGGAAACUGAGGCUCAGAACAGUGAAAGGGAGGCCAAGCAGGAGUGAACCCAGGGCUGCCCUUUCUUCUGAUUGGCUGUGACAGCCAGACUUGUGCUGAUGCAGAAGUCUAAAUAUUCAGGCAGCUGAAGGCAGGGGGCAUUUAGGUGGAGAGAGUUGAAAAAUUGCAAAACCACUCAAGUUUCCCCAGGUUAAUCUUGCUCCAGGCAGGUACGAGUGGUUUGUUACCUCGGUGUGAAGUAAGAAAAAAGAGGCUUUCAAAGACCCUGUUCCUAGUUCUCUGUUUAAACCCACCUCACAGGGUGGUUGUAAGAAUAAACUAAUAAAAGUCAAGGUUAAUCGCAUUGUAACAGGUCUGCAAAUUUUUAUGAAUAUCCUUAAAAAGUUAUUGUAUUAUCCUUCUAAACACGUCAUUUUUCUUUCAGAGUUAAACCUUGAGCUGAUCAGGUCCUAUUAAAGCAAUUUACUUUGAUAGUAUUGGGUUGGCCAAAAAGUUCGUUCGGGUCUAUCCUUAACAUCUUGCAGAAAAACCUGAACAGACUUGUUGGCCAACCCAGUAUCAAAGCAGCCUGAAUUUCCUCUCUUUUCUGAAAUAGAUUUCUAGGACUUGGGGAGAAAAAGAAACAGAAGAAGCAAUCUUUGGUGUAGAUUGUUUUCUUUUAGAUUGCAGUUGAAUAAGGAAAGUUCUAAGAAAUCAGUAGUUUUAUUCAGUUCACCUCCAUUGGUGAAAACAUGUAUAGUUCUUUAUUCCACCACUGAAAACUGAUCCUCCUAGGUGUUUUUUUGUGGACUCCCGCAUAAAGUAGAUAAUUGUAUAUUGUUGACUUUUACCUGGAUAUAGAACCAUGACACCGUAGCACUCUUAAGAUUAUAAUUCCUUCCUUGUGGAAGGAAAUUAGAGAUCAGUUAUGCUCAGAUAGGAGAAAAGGCAUUUUAUAUGUAAUUACCAGUACUUUGUGGUUACUGGAACUCAGCAUACGUUCAGCCUUUAUGCCUUCUAAUUAAGCUUUCAAGAUGGCUAGAAUAGGCCUAAGUUUCUUUUCUCCUUAGCCAAGGAGAGUGUAUUGUAUUUCUCAUUUCCUAGGUACAGCAGUGUUAACUUUAUGUUGAUUCAUGAAUGACACAUGGGCAGGAGGUGGGUUGUGUAGUUAAUCCUCGUUCUCUCUCAAGUAAGCUGGAUUUUGGCAGAAGAGUUGGUACACGUGAGAACCUCGCCCCUUUCAGGUUCGGAAGAGGAAUCAUUGAUCAUAAGCAUGCAGUGGGAUUUCACAAUUAAGGAGAUUCUGUUGGGAAGUUGUGUGCACUGAUUUUUGCCUUUCCUCACAAACAUAUGUUUGGACCUGAAUCCUCCAGUACCCUAAGAGCCUGCAGUUCUGCUCUAAGCCCUCUUGUUGUUAAAAUUAUGUUAAGUCACAGGGACUAAUGAGAUAAUUCCAGAGUGCCUGCCCUGGGCCAGACUCUGCCCUGUCUUCAGGGAGAGGGAAACAGACAACCUCAAGGCAAGCACAGUAAGAAGUCCUGCGGAUGAACCAGUUGUAAGGUACACCCAGAGGGGGAGGGAGUCAUUCCGCUUAGGGUGGGGAUGGAGGCCGUUAGGUUAUUACUGGCCCUCUAGAUUGAGUGACAGGUAUUUACUAAUUCCUUGUGGGCCCGGGUCAUCUUUCUCUUACUCUUGCCACCUCACUGUAAGGAGGACCCUGUGAGGCCUUCCCGGAAGAGGUCCCCACCCACGUGCUCCGCCUGCCUUUUGUCUUAGAAAAACUUUAGUCAAAGAAUAAAUUUAAUCAGAGAAGUGAGAAAAUGCAGAAAGAAAGGAAAACAGGCAGGACAAAAUACUCAUACUUUAGCCAUUAAACAAAGUCAAGAACCUUUAAACAAAGUCAAGUUCUUCCUCAAGGACUGUAGAUAAUAUUCUGAGCCGUGUCCUUUGAGCUGUUUUGCAGAUUAAAACCCUCACCAGGUGGAAGAAAUUAACUGUGUGCUGCCCACAAGCCACGUAGACCCCAAACCCGUUGGAACCUGAAGGUUGAUGAUGCUGAUUCCUGAUUACUUCACCACCAACCGAUCAGAAGAACGUCCAUGAGCUGAUCAUGUCCUGCUCCUUGAACACUGUAAGACCCCUCACUACACGCUCCAGUGGGGAACACACAGUUUUGAGGGUGUUAGCCUGCUGUGGCCCCCUUUGCCUGGCAAAGCAAUAAAGCUAUUCUUUUCUACUUCACCCAAAACUGU